CUAAAGCUCUUUAUGUAAAAAAAAUAAAAAAUUAAAACCAUUUGUCCUCGUUGGUGUAUGUUAUACCAAUUUCAUAAACCACUCAGAUUUUCAAAUCAAACAACUCCACUAGUUUAGUCUAAAGAAGAAAACAUAGUUCAACACAAUAUUGUUUAAUCUAAAAAUUUCAUGGCAUGUUCAUCAUUCAUUCUAGCUACAUGGUCAUGAGGUACUAAAAUAUAUAUAUCAGGUGUGGAUUUGAGCUUUGUCAUCAAUUACUGGUGUGAAAGUGUUCCUUAGAUAUUUAUACCAUGGGGUGCCUUUCUUCAAAACUUAUUAUAGCAAGAUCAAUCAGUUACCAUGAAGAGAGAAAUCAAAGAUCCAAUAGUAUUCCUUUGCUUGAAGAUUUAAUCAUCUCAACUAGUGGUAAUAGUGACCGCUACCUUUCUCUUCUCUGCACAGCAAACAAAGUAUCCAAUAAAUUGCAUUCUAAGAGCUUAAGUUCCAACACUACUUCAAAAUUUUCUAUUGAGGAUGAAAGUUCUGAGGUUAUUGACAAGUUGGAACAGGAGAAUCUAUCUGGUUUUGAAGAAAAAGAUGACUUGGGAUCUAAGGAUGUUGUUGGUAAUAGGAGUUUUCACACAGUUGAGGAAUAUGAUGAUAUGGUUAAUAGAAUUUGGUUGAAGGAAUCUCAAAUUGUUCAACCAAUUGAGUUUCAUAACGAAGAAGAUGAUGAUGAUGCCUCGAUAAUCAAAAUGGAAAUUCAGGAUCAAGAUUCUUGCAUUGAGAAAAUGCAACCAUUAUGGUUAAACAAGAAUGAAGAAGUGUUUCAAAGUCAUAAAACAAGAAUGCUUGAGAAGGGAAAUAAGAGAAAGGCUAUAGCAAAUAGACUAGAAUCUCUUAGAAUUCCAUCCGAUGUUGAAGCUCCAGCCAUUGGUGAAUCUCCAGCCAUUGGUAGUCUUAAAGAAUGGCUUCCUGCAGAUGGAAUCUACUCUCCUGGAUCCUAUGUUACACCGAAAUUCGGAAGCUAUCCUUCAACAAACAUUAGGAAUGAAAAUGAAUCUAAUGAGGAUUCUAUAUUUAGUCCAGAGUUAGUUUCUGCUUUUGAACAGUGUAUGCAAAAGCUUGAAGCAGAGGAAGAAAACAUUUUGAAACAAAUUCUAGAGACUGUGGAAGAAGAAGAAAUUGAUGAAGGAAUCAUGCAGACCUAAGAAAGAACACGAGUACUCCAUCAUGUAUAAAGGGUUAAAUUCAUACUUUUAGAUGAGUUUUGUUAACAUAUAAGAAAGAAAAUUUGAUUUGCAUCUCCAAUGUUUGUAUGUAUUGAAUUUACCGUGAACAAUUUUUAGGUGAGUGUUCUUUUUUGAAAUUGAUUUUAAUGAAAAAAGUCGAGAAUUAGAUUGUGAGAGAAAUUUAUGUUAAUGCAUAACUUCCGAAGUGUUGCUGCAAUUUGAUGCCAUCAAAGUUAUAUAUUUUU